AUGAAGCCUUCCAAAACGAGUAUCCCGAUUAUUGGAGUAGGAAGUGUGCCUUCAGGAUCAACGAAGGGUGCUGUUGACAUCACUUUACGAUCUAAUCAUUCUGAAGACCAGAUUGAGCUUCAUGCGCACGUACUGCAGUCUCUUACCGUCGAACUGCCUCCAGUCGUCAUCGCCAGUCAAUCCUGGAAUCAUAUCUCUGAUUUGGAACUAGCAGAUCCAGAUCAUCUAUCACCAGGUCGAAUUGACGUCCUCAUUGGAGCUGACUUUUAUGGCUUAAUCAUUAAGCCUGGAGUAAUCACCGGAAAACCAGGUCAGCCUAUCGCCAUUCAGACUGUCUUUGGAUGGGCAGUUCUAGGACCUGCUGGUCCAUCUUCUAGCACCUCGCCUGCACAUCAAGGUCACCUAAUCUCAAACCUGCAGCUUCACGAACUCGUCUCGAAAUUCUGGGAGCAGGAAGAAGUUCCAGCGUCUCACCAAGAAUCUCUUAGUGCUGAAGAAGCCGAGUGUGAAGCACACUUCAUCGCCACUCACUCUCGCGACAGCUCAGGUCGCUACAUCGUGCGAUUGCCCUUCAAACCCAAUGCUCCUCCGCUUGGAUACUCGAAGGCAUUGCACAACGUUCGCUAUCUCGCAUUCUCAAUCGCAUCGCCCAACAACCAAAUCUUCAUCGACUGUACACAGAGUUUCUCACCGAGUACGAGUCCCUGGGUCACAUGGAGAAAGUUCAACCGUCAACUGCUUCAGACGUUGUCUAUUACCUCCCUCAUCACGGAGUGA